AUGAUGUUCUUCAAUUGGCUGAGGCUCACGACGGCAAUGUGGUCUACAGUGCUCCUACUAGUGCGGGAAAGAGUAUCGUUGCUGAACUCAUUGGUAAACUACUUAUUAAAUGUUCUUAAUCCUACUUUUGAAGUCUCUCUUCGUCUAGCUCUCACAGGAAAGAAGGUGCUUUUCUUGCUACCCUACAUAUCCAUGGCAAAAGAAAGAUUGCAUUUCUUGCAGGUCAAAGAUUUUACCGAGAAAUGUGUUCUAUUUGUGUACGACUUUCUUUUCCUUCUUGGGCGAUCACAAGGCACCUUUCCACGUUGUUACGGACCAAAUCCUUGGGCAGAGGUGCGUGCAUGGCGUCGUGUAGAUAUACAAGUGGCAGCUUUUAUGGGUGCACAGUCAGCUCCUUCUCGAGAAUGGACAGCUGCUGUGUGCACCACCGAAAAGGCGAAUAGUCUUCUCAACCACGCUAUCUUAGACGGUAAAAUGGAAGAGAUCGGUCUCGUCGUUAUUGAUGAGCUUCACAUGGUCUAUGAUUCAUCUCGCGGUGCAGUUUUGGAAUCUUUGUGUACUAAAAUAAACUUUUGGAAUUCACGGUAA